AUGAAAACACGUAAACUCAAAAAUGAUGGUACUGAUACAGUGGCCUUGGAAACCACAGAUCCGGCAGGUGUGGGUAAGCUCGCCACACCGGUCGUUAUCACUAGCUUGGAUUAUACGCAAACGAACUCGGAAACAGAAAACUUGGACAUUAAUGAUACGGACAUGAAAAAUAACAGACAUUGCUACUUCGCCCCGCUUAGGCUUAGGG